AUGUCCUCCAUUCUCUCCUCCCACGGCUUCCUGCACCAGCCGACUUGGAGUUGCGCCGCCAAGCACCUCGACGACUGGCCGGUCGGUGAAAUGGACUCCUGCCUCCGUUUCUCUCUUUGGCCGGGCGAGCCGCCUGUCUCGCUCUCCCUCAACCCCCCUACCCCAACAACAACAACCACCACCACCACCACCACCAUUACCAACAACAACAACAACAACAACAACAACAACACGGGCAUCGGCAGUGACAGUUUCACCUUCGACAGUGGUGUUGCCGAUUGCCUGAGCACGGCUGUUCAAGGCGAAGUGGCGUUCACGAGCGCAACGCCAUUGGCCAAUCCGGCCGUGGGUGCCGGCUUCGGCGCGCAGGCGGUUGACGAGGUGGGUCCGCUGACCGGGCGGCCCGACUGCCUGGCCUGGCGUCCGGGUCCGCACGAAGCCAGCUCGCCCGUGGCAGGCUCGGGGCUGACGCAACUCGCCGAGGCCGCGCCCCCGGCGGGUCUCUUCUGUUGCCCCGGCAACAUGGCCGGAGACGUCGGCGGCAGCAGCAGCAGCAGCAGCGGCUUCACCUCUUUCAGUCCGCCCUCGGGACUGUCGCCUCAGUCGCCGCCGAAUGUCUUCGAGUUGCCCGCUCCCUUGUUCCCCUCGCCGGCCCUGCACGAGGGCCUGGGCUCCAGGCGGCUGCAGCCCCAAGUGCCAGUCAGCUCGCAGUCCCUCUUACCUCCCGGUCAGUAUGUCCGUCCAUUCUGCUUUUUCUCUUCUUUCUCUUCUCUCUUCUCUCUUCCAUUCACCUAUCUCCCUUGCUUUUCUAACCUCUCUCUUUGUUACCGUCUUUCCUUUACUCUUUUUUUUGAUUCGCAUAUCUCUCCUUUUAACUCGAUUUGUUCUCUUUUAUUCUUUCAUCUCUGUUCUAUUCUCUCCCACUCUCCAAUUCCUCUUUUAUUAUCUUCUUUUAUCUCUCAUUGUUCUCUUCUCUCCCAUUCUCCAAUUCCUCUUCUCUUCUUUUAUCUCUCUCAUUGUUCUCUUCUCUCUCACUCUCCAAUUCAUCUUCUCUUAUCUUCUCUUCUUUCAUCUCUGUUCUCUUCUCUUUCACUCUCCAAUUCCUCUUCCCUUCUUUUAUUUCUCAUUUUUCUCUUUUCUCUCACUUUCCAAUUCCUCUUCUCUUCUUUUAUCUUUCAUUUUUCUCUUCUCUCCCACUCUCCGAUUCCUCUUUUCUUAUCUUCUUUUAUCUCUCAUUGUUCUCUUCUUUCCCAUUCUCCAAUUCCUCUUUUCUUUUCUUUUAUCUCUCAUUUUUCUCUUCUUUCCCAUUCUCCAAUUCCUCUUUUCUUUUUUUUAUCUCUCAUUUUUCUCUUCUCUCCAACUCUCCAACUCCUCUUU